AUGGCCUUAUGCAAAGUCUUGACAAAACCAUUGUAUUCAAAUGGUCGAGAUCUAGAGACCGAAUUAAAACUAGGAUUCGGAACAUCAAACCCUGGGAGUCGGACCAUCGCAAAGCCCAGAUCGAAACUUGAAAAAACCGAUCCAUUGGAAUUGACACUUGGACCAUCAUCUGAACUCACAACCGUAUCAUCAGAAACACAUAAAUCCUCUGGCGCAUUAGGAAUCCAAAACCCAGAUCUGUUCAAAGUCUCAACUCGAGAAAAAGAAUCUUUCAGUACCACACCAGAUUUCAAAAUGUGGCUGAAUGAUCAAGUUGUAGAACUUCCAAAGCCAAUGUCGCCUCCACAUGAAACUCAUCACAAUGACAUUCCAUAUAACAGUUUAAUGUUUGAAGCUAUAUCAUCUACUCUCCCACCACAUCAACUUCAGGCCCCUGGUUCACGAAAUACUCAUAUUGAUGAAGUUCCAACUCAUAGCUCACCAAGAUUUCAUGGUUCAGGAUCCAAUCUAGUUCAAGGUUUUCCAACACGUGACUCAUCUGUGCAGGCAUUGGCAAAUAUCGCGGAAGAUCAACAUCGCUCGAUCAUUGGCGCUCCUGCUUUCAAGAGUCAUCCCAGACCAAAGUCAAGGGCUCAAACAGCGACGAAAUUUCCAGGGAGAUAUAGGGGUCGAUCAGGAACAACCAAAGGAAAACACGCGUCUGGACUUAACCCCGUUACUCAUGUAUUGUACAUCCCACAACGUGGCGAAAUGUACGAUUUGGCAGACAUUGCGAAAAAGGAAAUGCAGAAACACGAUGCAUUACGGAAAGAGAUUGGAGGGUGGUCUUCAAACAGUUCAGGUCUCGAGAUGGACGCCAGAGAGGAUGCUGGCGUAUUUCAUGUGGAUGGAUGCAAAGAACACCUUCUUAUCCAAGGUCUUAUUGAGGUUUAUUUCGGGCUGGGACAAGUCCAAAGCAUCAUGAUUUUGUUCUUCGAUAGAAAAGUUCACUCACUUGAGAAUAUCCAAAGUCCUUCACUUUAUGCAGUAAUUCCGAAAUUCCAGAGAGUCUUCCAAGAUUCACAUGGUCUAGGAUCUUUGGAAGGUUAG